AUGGAAAUUGCAAAAACUAGUACCAAAUUACAGACUACAGAAAUCGGUGAAAUUACAAGGGCUAAUGCUAGUUGUGGUUAUCAAAACCAACAACCAUUUAAUCCAAAUCAGAAACAACAAUAG